AUACUCAUUAUUCAAUUCCCCAGCAAUAAUCAACGCUCUUCUCCCCUCGUUACAAGAACAAAAGUUGCAAAAAGCCAACCAGAUUUCCAUAUAUAUAUAUAAAGAAAGAGAAGAAAAUGGCACUGAAUCGAUCGCCAAGUAUGUAGCAGACUCCCUCCCUCCUCUCUUUCGCUGAGACUCAAUACACAUGCCUCUGCGCCGUUCGUUCAUUAUUUUAUAGACCAGCUCCCGUUUUUCCAUGCCCGUUACUCUUAUCUUCUAUCGUUUAUUGCCUGCCCAUUUACAAAUUUUGAACGUACUUCACCGGAUCCUUAUCAAAUGGUCCAGAUAAGGUAAGUUUCGUUCUUUCCGUUUUUUCCCCCUCGGAGAGACCUUGUGGCUUUCUGUUACAUGUUUUAUUGUUCCAUUUCUUUCUCAGGACAUGCAUUUUUUCCUGAGAAGAUUCUGUGAGUUUCUUUUGUGGAAGUUCUUGGAGUAUUGGGCAAUGGCAUGAGUACGCUUUCGGGUUGCUAGAUACCCAUUUCUUCCUUCACCACCCUUUCUGAAUCAAUACCAUAUCUAGGGGCUUCUGCCUUCUUGGUUUCUCAUUUUUUCUUUCUGGGUAGUUCCAUUCUCUUUGUGAGAUGGGAAAGUUGGGAUUGGGAUCUGAGAUUUCUUGGCGUUGAUGUUUUGGCCCUUGGGUUGUCUCGCAUUGACAGGUGCGAUUCGGGGGAAAGGAAGUUGGUGGGUGGUGGGUUUCAGAAUUCAAUUUUCUCUUUUUUGCUAUUCUGGGUGUUUUUGAGGAAUGGGUUUUUUGCAAGAUGAAGGAGAUGUGUGAAAUCAGGUGCUUGUUUUCCCAUUUGAUGAUGAGAUUCAGAGGUUGCUUGUUCUGAUUUUCGGAAGAACAGAGCUUCCUUUAGGAUUUUCUUCUCUCGACCGGGAGGAGACCAGCCUGUGGGGUUCUGAGGGGUGGCGGGGCCAUGGCUGCGCUGCUGCCAAUCGACGUUUCCAAGUAUGCUCACAGCCCUGUUCACAAGGCUGUGGCUACUCGGGACCAUGCGACUCUCAGGCGCAUAGUUUCCGCCCUUCCUCGCCUCCGAGAUCCCUCUGAUAUUCGAACAGAGGCAGUGUCUAUCGCCGAAGAGGAGAAAGCAGAGGCAAUUUCUUCUGUGAUCGAUCGCAGAGAUGUUCCCAAUCGUGAAACACCUCUUCACCUUGCUGUCAAGCUUGGUGACACCACUGCCGCGGAGAUUCUGAUGGCAGCCGGCGCCGAUUGGAGCUUGCAGAAUGAGCAGGGAUGGAGCUCUCUGCAGGAGGCAAUCUGUGCCCGAGAAGAAGUGAUCGCUCAGAUCAUAGUUCGCCAUUAUCAGCCCCUUGCAUGGGCUAAAUGGUGCAGACGUCUUCCUAGGCUCGUAGGCACCAUGAAAAGGAUGAGAGAUUUCUACAUGGAAAUCAGUUUCAAUUUUGAGAGCUCUGUGAUUCCAUUCAUCUCUAGGAUUGCCCCCUCCGAUACAUACAAGAUCUGGAAGAGGGGAUCUAACUUGCGGGCGGAUAUGACGCUGGCUGGUUUCGACGGGUUUAAGAUUCAGAGAUCAGACCAAAGCAUUCUGUUUCUUGGCGAUGGUUCGGAAGAUGGUCAAAUUCCACCUGGAUCACUGUGUAUGAUUUCACACAAGGACAAGGAAAUUAUGAAUGCAUUGGAUGGUGCUGGCUCUCAGGCUUCAGAGAAAGAAGUGGCACAAGAAGUUGCAGCUAUGUCGCAGACUAAUAUUUUCAGACCUGGAAUUGAUGUCACUCAGGCUAUCCUCCUUCCACAGCUAACUUGGAGGAGGCAGGAAAGGUCAGAGUUGGUUGGUCCAUGGAGAGCAAAAGUGUAUGAUAUGCACCAUGUUGUUGUGAGUGUGAAGUCUAGGCGGGUACCUGGUGCGAUGACAGAUGAAGAGUUUUUCUCAUCUUCCAAUGCGAAUGAUACCGACACUGAAGACUACGAGGACAUGCUAACAGAGGAGGAGAAGCGGCAAUUGGAAGUCGUCCUGAAAAUGGGGUCUUCCGAGACCAUUGACGGCGAUGGCGUCGGUGAUGGUGUAGUCGGUCACAGACAUAGUUGGUACGAGUCCAGGGAUAUCUCUGUGGAAGACCCGCUGAAUGGGACAAAAAUUGAGGGUAAGCAGGAGAAAAAAGGAUGGUUUGGAAGUUGGGGAAAGCGUGGAGGGAAGAACGAGGGGCAGAAGAAAACUGUUGGCCCAAGAAGUUCUUUAUGUGUUGAUGAGAAGGUUAGUGAUCUUCUCGGGGAAUCACCAUCUACAAAUCAAAGCAAACCUGGAAGACAUUCUGUGGAGGUUGUUCAGGUAGAGAAUUUGCGAGGAGGUCGGGAUAGGGAAACUAGAAAGGGGAUUACAAGUUCAGAAAGUAUGAACCGCAAAAAAGAUGGUAGUCGUGAAAGUGAAUACAAGAAAGGACUGAGACCUGUUCUCUGGCUCUCUCCUAAUUUUCCACUUCAGACUGAAGAGAUCUUGCCUCUUCUGGACAUACUGGCCAACAAGGUCAAGGCCAUCCGUCGGUUGAGAGAGCUGCUCACGACAAAGCUUCCUUCAGGGACUUUCCCAGUCAAGGUUGCCAUACCGGUGGUUCCCACUAUUCGUGUGCUGGUGACGUUUACAAAAUUUGAGGAGCUGCAGCCUGCAGAGGAAUUCUGCACCCCGCCAUCAAGCCCUGAAAAUUCACGGAGCACAGGUCCUGGGAGCCGUGUUGAAGACAUCCAAGACCCAUUUGCCAUACCUUCGGAUUAUAGAUGGAUUGGUUUAGAAGAAAAGAAGAAGAAGAUGCAAGAGAAAAACAAGAUGAAGAAGAAGAGAAGUCAAAAUCAUUAGAAAGGACAUUUAAGCGGCUGUCUUUCAGUGACGAUUCCAUGCUCCGUUUGUCACUCUUUCCAUUUCCAUCUGGGAAAGAGGCAAGGAGUACGAAAUGGGAUUUGUCCUUCUAGUGAUGUCGCCACAUGAACGACUGUCAUGGGCAAAAAUUUUCCUGCAGUAGACUUAUGGGGUAAAAUUUACAACCCAAAUUGGGGAGCACACAAAAAGUGUAGUUUGGUCUCUGUCACUGUAAAUCUCUAAAAAUCAUUGUUUCUGUGAUA